AUGAGGUCCCGGCUUUUGCUUUCCGUGGCCCAGCUGCCCACCAUUCGGGAGAGCUCUGAGGAGUUGCUGCCUGGAGGUGCUGGGCAGGAGCCUCCAGCCUCCCCCAGCCUGGAUGACUAUGUAAGGUCCAUCUGUCAGCUGGCACAGCCCACGUGUGUCCUGGACAAGGCCACAGCCCAAGGACGACUCAGCCGACGUGGCCGGCCAGCUCAGGCCUCAGAGGAGACCUGCCCUGAUGUCUCCCUACAGGAAGAUGACCAGCAUCCCGCAACGCCCACAGCAGGACCCGCAGAUCCCCUGGCCUGGCUCUUUGGGCAGUCCCAGGAAAAGCAGUCAAGCGAGAGGGGUCCAGCCAGGAGGACUGGCCCAGGUGCUGGACUCUGGGAUCUGCGCAGUGACAAGGCUGGGGGCAUCCGCAGAGGGAAGCCAUGUGAAGUCAGAAUGUGGCCUCUAGUGAGGCCAGCACUGGACGGGCCCCAGAGCACCGACCUCAGAAACCCGAUGGCUGGACAGCACAGCCGGCCGGAAGCCUCCUCCUGCAGACCCCGCCCCAGCCGCAUCCUAAGGACUCUCUGCCUGCACCUGCCCGUGAUUCAUGAACUCUGA